UGUAAGCAUAAGCACCACAAACUUUAGAAGUGGAAAUAACUGGGAAGCUAUGGAGUGAUUGAAAAUUAUGUUAAGCCCAAGAAAGGGGUUAGAACUUAGAACCUUAAUAAUGCUUUCAUUUCAUGAGCUAAUAAACCACACAAGAAUCUAUACUACACUCUAACAUGGGUUUUUCUUUGAUUGGUGUUUUAUUCAUGUUCUGCUUCAAUGUAGAGUUAGCACUAGGCUCUGAUACAUGUCAAGGUUUGUCAUGUGGAUAUCAAGAAAUCCGGUUCCCUUUCAGAAUCAAAGGCCGGCAGCCGCGAAACUGCGGCUACCCGGGCUUUGAUCUGGUUUGCACAGACAGUAAUGAGACUCUCAUUGAGCUCCAUGAUUCACUGAAUUUCAGUGUCAACAAGAUUGACUAUAGAAAGCAAACAAUUGAUUUAUCAUAUCCUCAUAAUGGUUGCUUUCCUAGGCUUCUUCAUAGCCUCAAACUUUCAGCUUCACCUUUCAACUUCAACAUGAAGGUUGAUCAUAACUAUGGUGACUAUUAUUUCUUUAACUGUUCAGCACUUGAAAGAGAUUACAUGGAACUUUUCUUGAUUCAAUGCCUAAGCACCUCGGCUAGUAGCAUAUAUGCAGUUCCAUCUUGGUCGGAAAUCGAGGACUUGCCGCUUUCAUUCUGCACGAAAAUGUUCAAUGUUUCAUUAGUCCCGAGAAUAUUCGUUGAUGAGGAUGCUCCUCUUCAUUUGAAAUGGUCUGAACCAGACUGUGGACAUUGUGAAUCAAAAGGGAACAGGUGUAGUUGGAAUAGUACAAAGAAUGAAUUCAGUUGUUUAGACAACCAUAAAGGACCAUCAACAGCUCUGGUUACAACAGGAUCAGUACUGGGAUCAUUUUUCCUUAUCCUGCUAACCGGUGCGAUUUACUACAUCUAUGAUACUUGCAUAAUACAAAAAGAAAAAGAAGCAAUUAUUGAAAAAUUUCUUGAAGACUACAGAGCUCAAAAGCCAACCAGGUACUCUUAUUCUGAAAUCAAGAGAAUUACCAAUAACUUCGGCGACAAGCUAGGAGAGGGAGCCUAUGGAACUGUCUUCAAAGGAAGCAUCUCAAAAGAAUUUACUGUUGCUGUGAAAAUGCUGAAUAAUUCCCAGGGAAAUGGGGAAGAGUUUGUCAAUGAAGUUGGUAUAAUUGGUAAAAUCCACCAUGUCAACAUUGUCCGGUUGGUUGGUUUUUGUGCUGAUGGGUUCAGAAGAGCUCUUAUCUAUGAGUUCUUGCCGAAUUCUUCGCUGCAGAAGUUCAUAAAUUCGCCGGACAACAAGAAAAACUUUUUGGGCUGGAAGAAGUUGCAAGAAAUUGCUUUAGGUGUAGCUAAAGGUAUUGAGUACCUUCACCAAGGUUGUGAUCAACGCAUUCUCCAUUUUGAUAUCAAACCUCAAAAUGUGUUGCUAGAUCACAACUUUACUCCAAAAAUUUGUGAUUUCGGUCUAGCUAAAUUAUGUUCCAAGGAUCAAAGUGUAGUGUCAAUGACAGCAGCUAGAGGAACUUUGGGGUACAUUGCGCCCGAAGUUUUCUCAAGAAACUUUGGAAAUGUAUCUUACAAGUCUGAUGUUUAUAGCUACGGAAUGAUGCUACUUGAAACAAUUGGAGGGAAGAAGAUCACAGAGGAUGUAGAAGAAAACAGCAGCCAUAUUUACUAUCCUGAAUGGAUUCAUAAUCUUUUGGAAGAGAAGGAAGAAAUGAGAAUUCAUAUUGAAGAUGAAGGGGAUGCUAAAGUUGCUAAGCAGCUAGCAACAGUGGGACUUUGGUGCAUCCAAUGGCAUGCAGUGGAUCGACCAUCAAUGCAGACAGUGCUUCAAAUGUUGGAGGGAGACCAAGACACAUUACCAAUACCUCCUAAUCCUUUUGCUUCCACAGGGCCUUCAAGAAAAUAUGCUAAAAUUGGUGUGGCUGCAAGACAGAUUAUCCAAGAUUUAGAAGUGAUCCAAGAAUUAGACUGAUUUCUUACUUGGAGUUGUCUGAAAAGUUUGUAUUUUCUUUUUAAGUUGCCGAAUAAAAAUCAUUUGAUAUAAUCCAAA